AUGGGUCUUAGCGUAACUCAUGAUAAUACUGUUCAAGGUAAAUUCAUCGAUUUUCUGGAAAAAGUCGUAAUAAUUGAAUUAUCUUUAGUUUUCUUGUUUACAGCUGUUUCUUUACAGACUUCUGUUACUUUAUAUAUUGUAGAGAUAGUUGCUUUGCUUUCAUUACUUGCUCAUUACUACGAAAAACAGUUUCCGCUUUCAUUCUUCGCAUCUGUUACUCUUACUCUUCUUUUCUUCAUUCUUUCAUACAGAGGGGAAUACGAUAUUACAAUUACUGCCAAUUCCAUCAUUUUAUUCACGUUAAGUAUAGUUAGUGAAUUAUUUUCCGGAAGUACAAUGUUUUUACCAGCAUUAUUGUUAGCAGCUCUUACUUUUUAUUCAUUACUCAUUGCAAAUCCACCGAAAUCAAGCUCUUAUCUUGCGAUAAUGAUGACAUUUAUUUUAAUUAUUCCAAAUCCUGUUAUAAAGAUGGCUUUUAUCGCCGCAGCUAUUACUACUUAUUAUAUUAUUGUGUCUGAUAACUAUAUAUUCUCUCUAAUUUGCUUGUUUGUCAUUCCAGCCGAAUUUAUUUCGACAUCUUUCAUUCCAAUUGCUUGUGGAAUCGAAAUAGUUAAGAAACCAUACAAUAGAUCAUUUGAAUAUGCAACUAAUUUCGGAAAACAGUCAGAUUUUUUGGUAUUAAGAGAUACAGAUAAACCAGAGUUCGCUUCUUGCGUUAUUAUUGUAGGAAAUAAUACUAUAUUGGAUCAGCUAUACCUUGCAAGGCUUUUAAAACCAGAAAUUUAUCAAAAAUUCAUAGAAUUUUCAGCAUUACCGAGUAAGUCCAAUCCUGCUGAUGUAAAACGAGCAACAAAGCAAUCACCUUUAUAUGUAAUUGAUCUUGGUAACAGUAAAGGCUACAAUAUGUUUAAUCUUGUUUAUGAUUUCCUAAAUUCGCACUCAAUUCUGUUCAACAAGACCUACAUCCUGCAUGAUUCUGUAUAUAAUCCACAAUCUACAGAUGAAAUCAAUCCAGUUACAAAUUCUACAUUUUCCGGUGAUACAACGUUUGUGAAAUCGUAUUUUGGCUGCAGAUUGAAUAAGACUGAGAAGGAAUCCGAACAAAUUAUCGAUGAUUAUGUCAAGAAACAUCCGGAUAUAAAGAGACCUCAUUUGUAA